AUGGCUCAGCACAGGCAGCCAGGGAUGGAGAGGUUGGGGUUACGUGGCCACGAUGUCCACCAUUCAAACGGCGGAGUAGGAGGAGGAGGACCAGAUCACGUCGCUGUCGGGAUCCGCACCACCCCGCACAAACCGGGUCGGGCCCGACGAUCGGGUCGAUCCGACAAGGGCCCAUUUAGAAUCUCUAUUGGCGCCAUCGUCCUCGUUCUCGCGCUAGUCUUCGUUUUUACUCUUCUGGCCUUCUAUUACCUCUCCCGAAACAGCAGAGAACUAAAUACUUAUCAUGCUGAGGAAGAUGACAUAAAGAAUGAUCCUGACUUUCUCACAAAUGUGACACGCACGGAGACUUCUAAAGUCCUUAGGUUUGGGAAGGGUUCGGUAGUUCAUGGUCGAGAUUCUAGGUAUUGGGAUAAGAUGAUAGGAGAAGGGAUGGAGAUUAUAAUGAGGAUAGUAGUGCAGGUGUUAGUGAUGAAGCCACUGAUAAGGGUGAUGUUCAUUAGGAAAGGUGGAUUGUACAAUGAAGCUGGGCGCAAUGAGUUGAAAAUUUAUGAAGCUGAGUAUGAGGCCUCUCUAAAGAAUAGUCGAGAAUCUAAGGAUGAAGAUUUGGAUAAGCAAAAGGAGGUAAUUGAUGUUGAUGACGAGUAUGAUGAUGGGAUUGAUUUUCAUGAAACUCACAUGGAUGAAUAUGAAGAUAUGGGACAUCAGAAUGACCAUUUUGAUGAAGAAAAAUCACAUGAUGAAGAUAGUGGAGAGUCCAUUGAUCUUCCUGAUGUUGGAACUAAUGAUCAAAAUGUUGCCAACAAGGUUGAGAAAGUCUCCACCAAUUCAUUUGAAGAUGAUCCUGUUCAGCACUCUCGAAAUCUUGAUGAAGUUAACACAAAGCCCAGGCAUAUCAGUAUACAUUCUGGUCAAUCUUCAAAAAAGUCACGAUCAACUUCAAAAAGGAAACCUAAGCGCCGGAAAUAUUCUGGUUCCUCUUGUGAGAUGAAGUUUUUAAACUCUACUGCACAGCUUAUAGAGCCUUUAGAAAGUCGAAAGUUUGCAAGGUUCAGCAUGCAGUAUACUCAAGCAGAGGACAAGCCUGAAGGAGAAGAGCAUUGGGAACCUAGAUUUGCAGGGCAUCAGACUCUGCAAGAACGGGAAAAUUCCUUUUUGGCAAAUGAUCAAAAAAUAAAGUGUGGCUUUGUUAAGGGUCCUAAAGAAUCCCCAAGCACUGGGUUUGACUUGGCAGAAGAUGACACAAAUUACAUCAGCAGAUGCCACAUUGCUGUUAUCUCUUGCAUCUUUGGAAAUUCAGAUCGCUUGAGGAUGCCUUAUGGUAAAACGGUGUCUCGUUUGUCAAGGAAGUACGUUUGCUUUGUUAUGUUUGUCGAUGAAGUUACUUUGCAAACCAUUUCUUCAGAAGGGCAAAUUCCAGAUCGGAUGGGUUUUAUUGGUUUAUGGAAGAUUGUGGUGGUGAAGAACCUACCAUAUACUGAUAUGCGUAGAGUGGGAAAAAUACCAAAACUUUUGCCUCAUCGGCUUUUUCCUUCUGCAAGGUAUUCAAUCUGGUUGGACAGCAAAUUGCGCCUCCAACUUGAUCCCUUACUCAUUUUGGAAUACUUCUUGUGGCGAAAAGGUUAUGAGUAUGCAAUUUCAAAUCACUACGACCGACACUGUGUAUGGGAAGAGGUUGCACAGAAUAAGAGAUUGAAUAAGUAUAACCAUACCAUCAUAGAUCAACAAUUUGCAUUCUACCAGGCUGAUGGCCUGACAAGAUUCAACGCCUUGGAUCCCAACAAGCUUCUUCCCAGCAAUGUACCAGAAGGAUCUUUUAUUGUCCGGGCACACACUCCUAUGUCAAAUUUGUUUUCGUGUCUAUGGUUCAAUGAGGUUGAGCGGUUUACUCCUCGUGAUCAGCUAAGUUUUGCAUAUACAUACCAGAAGUUAAGAAGGAUGAAUCCUGGAAAACCUUUUCAGCUUAAUAUGUUCAAGGAUUGUGAGAGGAGAGCCAUAGCUAAGUUGUUUCGGCACAGGUCAGACGAGAAGCAGAAUAUUCGGCAAAAGGCAACAGAGUGA